CACCAGACAAAGAUUUCAGAGCGCAUAUGCAAUUCUGCGUCUCGCGACAGGCGAGGUGGAAAUCGGCAGCUGCCACACCCACACCACCACCCAUCGCUCACCUCCCGCGCCACCUCGAUGCCAUUGAUAAAUACGCGUCAGGUCGCUGCCCACGCCUCCCUUCCCUUCCCCUCUCUCUCCCCACCUCCCCUGCUGCCUGCUGCCCCUCGCUCGCUCGCUCGCUCGCUCGCUGCUCUGCACCUGCUCACUGUGCGAUAUGCCCCUGUGAGCCCAGGGCAUCCUGCUGAAAUCCAUUCCCCAUUAACGCUUGCAGCUACCGCCGCCACCGCCUCGAGUGGCUCCCAGAUCCACGCCGCCGCUUCCACUUGCCGCCCAAGUUAAGCUGCUGUCGGCCUGUGGCGUUGCGCCGUUGUUGCUGAAGCGGCAAUGGCGGACGCCGUGGAGGCGCUUCCUCCUCCUCCGGAGACCGGCGUCAGCGGCGGCCCCGAGUCCGGGAGGUCGUCGCCUUCGCCCACCGCGUCGCCGGAGUUCGAGUUCUGGAUGGUGGGCAGGAACCCGUCCGCGUUCCCGGCCCCGGCCCUGCUCACCGCCGACGAGCUCUUCUCCGGCGGUGUCGUGCUCCCGCUCCACAACCUCCAGGCGGCUGCCCCCGACGGCGACGGUGCUGCCGCUGAAGAAGGCGGCGACGAGGGCGCCGGGGCCGACGCCAAGGACGCGGACUCCGCCGCGCUCCCGCUGCCAGAAGCGGAAGCCGAAGGCGAGGCCGCCGCGCAGCCGCUCGCGGAGUCCGGCAUCGCGCCGACGCCGGACCUCCCCGCGGUCACGUUCAAGUGGAAGGACAUCUUCAAGGCGGGCGGCGGCGAGGCCAAGGACCGCAAGAAGGUGGAGCGGCGCGUCAGCAGCGUCAGCGGGAACGCCGAGCUGAUCAACAUCAACAUCUGGCCCUUCUCCAGGAGCCGCUCCGCCGGCCACUCCGCGGGCGGCGCUACAGCAGGCUCCUUGAGCAGGGCCAAGCCAACAAAUCCGAAUCCCAACGCCAACGCCGGUUCCAGCGCAAGCGCCAACACCAAUGCCAGUGCGAAUGCCAGCGCCGCGAGCGCGCCGCCGGCCCCGGCGCCAGCCCCGCGCAAGGUGAGCAGCGCCCCGUGCUCCCGCAGCAACUCCCGCGGAGAGUCCUCCGGACCUGCACCGGCCAUUCCUUCCGCCACCGCGGUUGCAGCUGCUGCCGCCGCCGCCGCCGCAGCAGCAGCACCGGCACCAGAAGAAGAUGCUACGGCCGCCCAGGCGGUGCCUUUGCCCACUCCUACCACUACCAGCAGCAGCGCCUCCUCAACAUGGAGGAGGCUGGUGCCCGGGCAGGGCCGUAACAAUAAUAACAACGCCUCCGGCGGCACCGGCAUCCGCGUCGGCCGCCCCAGCCCCGUGUGGCAGCUGCGGCGCAACAAGCUGCAGCAGACCGCCGCCGAGCAGAAGCAUGCCAGCGCCAAGAAGAAGGCGACGCCCGCCGCCACCGAAGCAGGCGGCGACGACAAGGCGGCGCCGAGCGUGACCGCGCCAGCAGCCGGGUGCCGGAACAACGCGGGGUGCUCGGAGGGCGCCGCCGAGGAAGGGAACCCGCCGCAGGGGCUCUUCGGGCUCCGCACCUUCUUCUCCAAGAAGGUGUACUGAUCCACCGGCAGAGCAGACGACGGCAUUGUGCAUACAAAUUCGAGCUCUAGGCUCGUUCUUCCACAUGCUUACCUUACCUCUCUACCCUUUUUCCUUUUUUCCCCUCCGCUCUAAUUCAACUAGUAGAUUCUUCAGCUCGCUCUCGUUACUGUACUGCAACCUCUGCUAAGCUCUUAGUGCUCACCUCAAGCAGCAAAGCUAUGCAUCUGGUCGGCCGUCAAUCAAGCAUCCCCAUGAAAAACGGUAACACGCAUAAUCCGUGCCA